AUGCGCCAAAAUCGUAACCCGCUGCCCAUGUGAGCGACUGUCGCAGUGUACACACUACAGGGCUAAUGAAGUAACCAUGGUUGCUGUUGGUUCAUGUGGAGAAUGGUUUAUUUCUACCUGCGACACGAAACUCAUAGCAGUUCACACCAAACAAGCGAGAGAAGCAUUUGUGUUCGACUGCACCACAGCUGAAAAGAAGCCGAAGAACACAGGGAGUGACAACAAAAGUGAUGGUGGUGCUACAGAGGAAGCAGGAAAUGACAAAAUCCUGGCCUUCGCUGUGUCUCCAUCUGGGAAUCUGGUGGCACUGACCGAUGACACCAAGCGACUGGUUCUCUUCCGCUGUCAGCCAUCAUGGCAGUGUAUAAGUACAAGGUGGGUGGUGAGGAGGUGCACCUCUCUGGUGUUCAGUCAGGCGGAAGAGGAGGUGCUGGUGGCAGACAAGUCAGGAGACGUCUACUCCUUCUCUGUGGUGGAACCAUACAAAGAGGGGGAGCUGAAGCUGGGACAUCUAUCCAUGCUGCUGGCCAUAACCAUGACACCAAACGACAAGUACAUCAUCACAGCAGACCGCGAUGAAAAGAUCAGAGUCAGUCACCACAAGUCGCCUUACAACAUCCAGUCCUUCUGCCUGGGACAUCGAGAGUUUGUCAGUGCUCUGCUGAUCCCAUCAGGACAUCCACAGUGGCUUCUCUCUGGAUCAGGGGAUGGGACCAUGAAGCUGUGGGAAUGUGAGUCUGGUCGUAAGCUGCAGAGCUGCGACCUCAGAGAGCCUGGAGAUGCACCAACCUCUGAGUCUGAGCCACACAAGAAGCCCACUGUGUGCCGGAUCGCCUGCUCCCCCGACGGACGCCACAUAGCUGUGCAGUGUGAGAGAGUGCCCACAGUGCAGCUUUUUGGUCUGAGGAAGGAGGCUGAAGAGAGGCUGGUGCCGUGCAGCAAACUGACCCUCCCCCACUGUCCCCUGGAUGUGACCUUUGAUCUCCAAGGCCGACUCUGGGUGCUGAUGGGCUCCGGUGACACUCCGGUUCAGAUUUACACAUACACACAGGACUGCUGGGAGCUUGACGCUGAGAGCCCUGAAACGACCAGAGUGACUGAAGCCCUCAGGCCACAUUGGGAGACACUUAAGGGCGCCGCCGGAGCCGAGAGCCGCUUCCAGCACCUCUACAAAGUCAACUUCGACAACAUGGCGUCGUACAUGCAGAAGAAGCAGCAGAGGCUGGAGCAGCAGAAGCAGCAGGGAAACAAGAGGCCUGCAGGCAGCAGAGCCAAGGCUGCCAACGGGGCCGCCAGCAAAAAGGCCAAGCAGGACGAGGCAGAAGCAGACGCAGACGCACAGUCAUCAACCUGAACCAACAGUUUAGGAAACAGUCACAUUAUUUAGUAAUUAUUUUAUAUCAUAGUUUGGGCUCACUCUGAGUUGAAAGUGUGCAUUGAUGAAGAACAUGGAGCUAUCUGUGAUUUGACUCAUCUUGUGUCAAUGUUUUUUCUUUUUUCUUUCUUUCUUUCUUUUUUUUUCUUUUUUUUUUUUUUUUUUUUUUUUUUACAGGAAAUUAUGUUUGAUAUUUAACAAAAAAUGUGGCCACCAUAUAAAACUGAGCUGCC